GGGCCGGGGCGUCGCUGCCGCCUUUGUGCCCGGCGGCGGGCUGGGGAGGUCGGCUCCGGGCCGGGCCGCGGCCGCCGGGGAGGGGCCGGAGGACCAGCCUCGGACAAAGCGGCGGCCCCGCCCCGCCGUGCCCCGGGGGCCGGAACAAAAGGCGCCCCUGUGCGGCCGCCCCGCGACCGUCCGCCCCCGCUUUGUGUCUGCGCCUCCGCGGAGCUGAGCCCCUCCCGGGCCCUGCGGUCCCGCUCCGGCCGGGGUCGUCUGGGUCCGUGGGGCGUCGGCCCCCGGUCUGUGCUUCGAUCUCGUGUCCGGGGCAGCGCGUGGGGGACAGGCAGCGGCAGCCGGGUUUGAGGCCCGGGGCGGGCUGCGUGGAAGCCUGAAGCGGUUUGAAUGGCCCAGGGCCCUGGAGGGGAGGGGCUGAGAAGAGCGGGGGGCGAGGUGGGGGGCAGGGGCUGCGUCCACCCCGAGUCUGAGUGCUUUCCAUCGUUCCCGGCGUGCAGGUGGACACGCCUGCGGGAACCGGGCGUUCGCAGACGUGUGCACAAGGGUGCCUCAGCCUCGCUUGUGGACAUUUGGCAAACGGCAACCGAGGCAAAGAAGCCUCUGUCCAUCCUCAAGGGCGCACCUGCCUGCGGCUCCCGCCUCUGCACAGGCUUGUGCAGGGCGCGCCCUCGUGAGCUCUGCCCCUCUGUGCGCCUCGGCCGGGGCGCCAGGCCUUGCACGGCACGUGAGGGUGAGCUGUGCCACUGGGCUGUGCGAGGUGCCUGCAUGUAGCCUACCGAUGGAUGCACGCGGGCGUGCGCGCGCGCCGCUUCUGUGUGGGUUCACGCACUGUUAGCCACGUCACCAACGGACACACGUCAGCUUGUACACGCGUGUGCCGCCACUGGGUGUGCGUCGGUGUGUGUGCACGCUCUCCUUAGACACACUUGUAUGUGUGGUGCCACUGUGCAGGCAUGUGCAUGAACGUGUUUGCACAUGUGUGCUUGGUCGUGCGUGUGUGCGUGUGUGUGUGUGUGUGUGUGUGCACGUGCUGGGUCUCUUGGGACCUGCUGGCAAGUCAGCCUGCGUGUGGAGGCAUGGGGAGCCUCAGCAUCCCUGGAGCCCUCCCCAGGAGGCCUUAGGAGCCUUGGAGUGGGAGGCUCGAGGCAGCCAGAUGAGUGGUCCCUGGCCUUGGGCAGAGGAACUGGGGCUGCCCUCUGCUCUCCCGUCUUCCAUUGCUGACCCGGGAAAGGGAUUGAACAACUCAGGCACCUCACGAUCCUGCGUUGAGGAACCAGGCUGCUGUGGGGAGACGUGGGAUGGCCUACCUGCUGGGGGCUGGGCCCUGGCUGAAGCACCCACCUUCUCCCUGCCUCCUCUCUCAAAAGCCUAAUGGACCUCCUCCCCGACACAGAAGGGGCUGUGCUGCUCUGCCCUGUCAGGGCGACCAUUGACGAGGUGGAGACGGACGUGGUGGAGAUUGAGGCCAAACUGGACAAGCUGGUGAAGCUGUGCAGUGGCAUGGUGGAGGCCGGCAGGGCCUACGUCAGCACCAGCAGGCUGUUCGUCAGCGGCGUCCGAGAGCUGUCCCAGCAGUGCCGGGGCGACACUGUCAUCUCGGAAUGUCUGCAGAGGUUUGGUGACAGCCUGCAGGAGGUGGUGAACUACCACAUGAUCCUGUUUGACCAGGCCCAGAGGUCUGUGCGGCAGCAGCUCCACAACUUUGUCAAAGAGGAUGUGCGGAAAUUCAAGGAGACCAAGAAGCAGUUUGACAAGGUGCGGGAGGAUCUGGAGCUGUCCCUGGCGAGGAACGCCCAGGCCCCGAGGCACCGGCCCCACGAGGUGGAGGAAGCCGCCGGGGCCCUCGCCCUCACCAGGAAGUGCUUCCGACACCUGGCCCUGGACUACGUGCUCCAGAUCAACGUCCUGCAGGCCAAGAAGAAGUUUGAGAUCCUGGACUCUAUGCUGUCCUUCAUGCACGCCCAGUCCAGCUUCUUCCAGCAGGGCCACAGCCUCCUGCACCAGCUGGACCCCUACAUGAAGAAGCUGGCGGCCGAGCUGGACCAGCUGGUGAUCGACUCUGCGGUGGAAAAGCGUGAGAUGGAACGGAAGCACGCCGCGAUCCAGCAGCGGACACUGCUGCAGGACUUCUCCUACGAUGAGUCAAAAGUGGAGUUUGAUGUGGACGCGCCCAGUGGGGUGGUGAUGGAGGGCUACCUCUUCAAGAGGGCCAGCAACGCCUUCAAGACCUGGAACCGGCGCUGGUUCUCCAUUCAGAACAGCCAGCUGGUGUACCAGAAGAAGCUCAAGGACGCGCUGACCGUGGUCGUGGAUGAUCUCCGCCUGUGCUCCGUGAAGCCCUGCGAGGACACUGAGCGCAGAUUCUGCUUCGAGGUGGUGUCGCCCACCAAGAGCUGCAUGCUGCAGGCCGACUCCGAGAAGCUGAGGCAGGCCUGGGUGCAGGCUGUGCAGGCCAGCAUCGCCUCUGCCUACCGAGAGAGCCCCGACAGCUGCUACAGUGAGGUGUGGCCCUCGGCGCCCCACCUCAUGCCCAUACACCUACAUGCCACCACGGAGGGCCCCGCCCCAUGCCCUGUGCACAUGCCUGCCGCUGCAGAUGGCUCCUGCCCCCACCCCUGCUGGUGCACAUGCCUGCGUGCCACUGCGGAUGGCCUCCGCCCCUGCCCGUCCACAUGCCUGCCACCGCGGACGGCUCCUGAGGGCAGUGUGCUGCCUGUGCAGUGUGGGUGUGCAUGUGUGUGUGCGCAGUCUCUGCCCACGGGAGGGUGUGCACGUGCUUGUGGAGCUGUGUGCUCGGGGGGCCCUGGCCUGUGCUGGCACUUCCGGCUGGGGAGGAGGGGAGCUGCUGGGGGAACCACACUGGCCCCCUGUGGGACCGAGCAGCCCCGCCCCAUCCCUCAGAGGCUGGACCGCACAGCAUCCCCGUCCACGAGCAGCAUCGACUCCGCCACCGACCCUCGGGAGCGCAGCGUCAAGGGCGAGUGUGUGCUGCAGCGCGUGCAGAGCGUGGCCGGCAACAGCCAGUGUGGCGACUGUGGCCAGCCGGACCCCCGCUGGGCUAGCAUCAACCUGGGCGUGCUGCUCUGCAUCGAGUGCUCGGGCAUCCACAGGAGCCUGGGUGUCCACUGCUCCAAGGUCCGGUCCCUGACACUGGACUCCUGGGAGCCAGAGCUGCUAAAGCUGAUGUGUGAGCUUGGAAACAGCACUGUGAACCACAUCUACGAGGCCCAGUUUGAGGGCACAGGCAGCAGGAAGCCCAGCGCGAGCAGCCCCCGGCAGGACAAGGAGGCCUGGAUCAAGGACAAAUACGUGGAAAAGAAAUUUCUGCGGAAGGCACCUGUAGCGCCCACCCGGGAGGCCCCAAGACGCUGGAGGGCGCAGAAGUGCCUGCGGCCCCAUAGCUCUCCCCGAGCCCCCGCUGCCCGCCGCAAGGUCCGGCUUGAGCCUGCCCUGCCCUGUGUGGCCGCUCUGUCCUCAGUGGGCACCCUGGAGCACAGGUUCCGCCGGGACUCCCUCUUCUGCCCUGACGAGCUGGACUCCCUCUUCUCCUACUUCGACGCAGGGGCCGCGGGAGCUGGCCCUCGCAGUCUGAGCAGCGACAGUGGCCUUGGGGGUAGCUCGGAUGGCAGCUCGGAUGUCCUGGCUUUCGGCGUGGGUUCCGUGGUGGACAGCGUCACUGAGGAGGAGGGCGCGGAGUCGGAGGAGUCCAGCGGCGAGGCGGAUGGGGACGCUGAGGCCGAGGCCUGGGGCCUGGCGGAUGUGCGCGAGCUGCACCCGGGGCUCCUGGCACACCGUGCGGCGCGCGCCCGCGACCUUCCUGCACUGGCAGCGGCGCUGGCCCACGGGGCCGAGGUGAACUGGGCGGACGCGGAGGACGAGGGCAAGACGCCGCUGGUGCAGGCCGUGCUAGGGGGCUCCCUGAUUGUUUGUGAGUUCCUGCUGCAAAACGGGGCGGACGUGAACCAAAGAGACAGCCGGGGCCGGGCACCCCUGCACCACGCCACGCUGCUGGGCCGCACAGGCCAGGUCUGCCUGUUCCUGAAGCGGGGCGCGGACCAGCACGCACUGGACCAAGAGCAGCGUGACCCGUUGGCCAUCGCGGUGCAGGCGGCCAAUGCCGACAUCGUGACGCUGCUCCGUCUGGCUCGCAUGGCCGAGGAAAUGCGUGAGGCCGAGGCGGUCCCCGGUCCCCCAGGCGCCCUGGUGGGAAGCAGCCCCACGGAGCUCCAGUUCCGCAGGUGCAUCCAGGAGUUCAUUAGCCUCCACCUGGAAGAGAGCUAGGACCGGGCAGGCCGGGCAGUUGCCGCCCCGCCCGGCCCUAAGUCCCCGGCGCCCACCUGGCCGCGGCCCUGCCUGUGACCCGCGGGCCAAUGCCCCGCAGACCCAGUGCUGGGGUGCUUCGGCCCCGCUCUCCCAGGAGGAGAGCGAAGCCCCAGCACUGAGUCUCUUGGAGCUUCACGUUUCCCUGGGGGUGCUGCAUUGUCGGGUGCCCCUGACCCCACCUGGGGAACCUCUGUCUUCAGGUCACCCCUUUUCAGAGGCCUGGGUUGCUCAUGUCACAAGCCACUCUUGAGGCCCGUGUCACCUGUGUCCCCUGUCCUCAGGGCCUGUCACUUUGUGCCCCACUUCUACCCAGAACACUGACCUGCUAGCUGGGUCCCUCCUGCCCACCCCAGAGCCCCUCCCAGGGCAGAAGGGGUGGCCCAUCCAGGGAACCAACGAGUACCUCACUUAGUGACCCCAGCUUUCAGGCUGGCGUCACGGGUGCUGGGCGGAGGGGCUCUGGCCUGGGUCCUCAGCCCUGGCUGGACGCGGGCGUCCCAAGGCCACGUGGCUGGCCACGAAGGUCCCGGUGCCAGACUGCCCCAGCACGUCCCUGCCUCCUCGGGAGGCCCCUCUCCCGGUACUCACCCGGAGCCUGUGCAUAAAGCCACUUUGCCACUUUCCACCCAGAGUCUUACGUUCUUUGUAGCGGAUCGAGGGGGUUUUCUACAGACCUUGUCUGUCUUGCGUCUUUUCUCUGUGGACUCUUGAGGACGCCUCAACCCCAUCUCUGCCCCUGGCCAUCCUCACCCUUGGGUCCAGGGGUCUCUCAGUUCCUUUUGCAGGGGUCGCCGAUGCCUUCACGCACCCCUUCUCCGAAGACACCCGGCAGGGAGGCAGAGCCCCCCCCACUCUUCCCACGUCAGGCUAAGGCCCCUUGGCUGGUCACUAUGCAAUGCUGCCCGGGGAGGCUCCGUGAGGGCACAGUGGGUGCUGGGUCUGGACCCCCAACUCCCUUGCCUGCUGCCUGUGACCCUGAAGAACAGAAUGGACUCUUGCCCCUCCCUGCGUGAGCCUGGCCCUGCCUCCUGCCCCGGGCCCCUGCUGGCGGGUCCCCCCCACCUUGCUGUGAAUAAACCGCUUCACCCACCGCCUG